ACCAUCCAUUUCUCCCUGACCUCAACUGGUCACACAUGUUCUCGCUGGAGUCCAGGCACAGUGCAGUUUAAUGUGCAUCAGCAAAUAUUGAUGGAGCUGUAGCUCACAGUGUGGAUAUCAGAAACAAGGCAAAGGAAGACCAAAGUUACAAGGCAGGAAAAUUUAAACAGGAGAAUCAUCUGACAGGGAUAAGAAUCAACCAGAGACGUACAACUUCUGCGCUGCCCACUUCAACAGCGUUUUCUGAGUUGCUGCUUUCCAACCCUCCUGAAUGAAUGAGUGGGUGGGCCAGGACAUCAAUGUGGUGGGACCACUGCAAAUCCCACCCAGCGAUGAAUUCUCAAUCUCAGAGGGCUCCCACUUGUUUGAUAUUCUGGCGGAUCAGGGCAGUCCUCUACUGCAGGAUCCCGACAUAUUACCCUUCAGCAGCUACCCCAGCAUGCAAUACCCAUCCAUGGAACCAACCAUGUCUUCCACACCAUACUACUCCAGUCAGAACUACUACCCUCAAUACAAUGGAGAUGAGUGGUACUCACACACAGGGAUAUAUGAACUGAGGAAAGGACCCCUUGAGGUCAAUUAUGAUGCAGAGAGGGAGGAUGUGUCCACUGUGGUCCCUGCUGUGUGCAAGAGGACCCGGCACAUCCCACAGGCUGGAAGGGUCAAAGGAGAGGAACUGUGUGUUGUGUGUGGAGACAAGGCCUCUGGAUACCACUAUAACGCUCUUACCUGUGAGGGAUGUAAAGGUUUCUUCAGACGGAGUAUAACAAAGAAUGCUGUAUACAAAUGCAAGAGCGGUGGAAACUGUGAGAUGGAUAUGUACAUGCGCAGGAAAUGCCAGGAGUGCCGACUAAGAAAGUGCAAGGAGAUGGGCAUGCUGGCAGAAUGUCUGCUGACAGAGAUCCAGUGUAAAUCUAAAAGGCUGCGCAAGAACACCAAGGCCUCCCCAGGACAGUCAACUGGAGAUGAGACAGAGGGGGCAGACCACACAGACAACAAACAGGUCACCUCAACUACCAAACUGUCAAAGGAAAAAGUUGAAAUUACAAAAGAGCAGCGUGCGCUCAUGAAAGUCAUUGUAGAGGCUUACAAUAGACAUCAAAUUCCUCAAGAUGUGGCCAAAAAACUGCUACAAGAACAGUACAGCGCAGAGGAAAACUUCCUCCUAUUGACAGAAAUGGCAACAAGUCAAGUCCAAGUCCUGGUGGAGUUUACAAAAAAUAUUCCAGGCUUUCUGUCUCUGGAUCAUGAAGAUCAAAUCGCUCUGCUGAAAGGUUCGGCUGUGGAAGCCAUGUUUCUGCGCUCUGCUCAGGUUUUCAGCAGAAAGAUGCCCACCGGACACUCAGAAGUUUUGGAAGAGAGAAUACGCAAGAGUGGUAUAUCAGAGGAAUUUAUCACACCAAUGUUCAACUUUUAUAAAAGCAUCGGUGAACUCCACAUGGCGCAGGAGGAACAGGCCCUCCUCACCGCCAUAACCAUUCUGACACCAGACAGGCCUUAUGUGAAGAAUCAGCAGGCUGUUGAGAGACUUCAGGAGCCCAUGCUGGAUAUGCUGAGGAAGCUUUGUGUCCUGCAGCAUCCACAGGAACAGCAAUACUUUGCUCGUCUCCUGGGCAGGCUGACAGAGCUGAGGACACUCAACCACUACCACGCAGAGAUGCUCACAUCCUGGAGGAUGAAUGACCACAAGUUUACCCCACUGCUCUGUGAGAUCUGGGAUGUACAGUGAUAAACCACGAGAAGCUGCAGUGGAAGGAUCAUGACAAAAUGUGGGGAUCUGGCACUGACUUUGAAAGAUUGGUCACUGGACACAUCAUACUACAUUCAAAUACCCUUUUUGGGAUCUAUGGAUCUCUGAAUGUCCAGCAUGAACAGGAUGAAUGAUUACAGAAAGAAAAACAUAUGUCAAUGUUCGUUUUAGUUACUUGAAUAUUGUUUUAGGACAGACUUGAAAAUUGUGAACCUGUCCUUUAAGCACAGCAAGGUUUCGAGCACAAAGAGGCAAUUGUUCAAAGUUUGGCAAACUUCUUUUGCAUGUAAAACAUAUUGAAAGACCAGAGGGAUCAGUUAGACAAGUAGAAACACUGGAACAUAUGUAAAGCAGAGAUGGUGCUCAUUAGUUUAGAUUACAUUGAAUUUAAUGAUGGGUUCAUUUAUUUUUUAUUUGUAAAACUACAGCUUCAUGUACUGGCUGUAAAUACGUACAAGUUGUAUAUUCUUUCUCAAUGAAUAACCAGAUUAAUAGGAAAAUGUUUACAUUUAUAAAUGUUUAAGCUUUUAAGCUACACAUACAGAUGUAACAUCUGCUACAUCUGGUUCCUUGUUUCUCGUAUCAUUUUUUUUCUUCCUCACACAUUAUCUUAAUAAAUUAAACAAAAAUAUGUCAGAAUUACUGAAAAA